GAAGACAACAACAGUCCUGUGAUUGUGUGUAACUAUCGUUAGCCAUCUUAGAGCGCUCUCUCUCCGUGGCCUACCUAACGUGACGCGUUUCUCUCUUCACGUCGCCACCGUGCUGGACUAAAGAUCUUGUCAUCUUCAGCAAAGCCAGAAAGCUGCAACACAGAAGAGUCUAUUAUAGGAGAGAAGUUUCCUCUGAUGGCAUCCAGACUGUUGGAGAGGAUAAAUGUGAUGUGCUGCUAGUGACUCAGAGAACAACAUGGACAGACAAUAACAAAUCAUCACGCUAGGGGUGCAGUCUUGGUUCGUUAUGACAAGUGGCUGUGUGGAAGAUGUCCACCCUUUCUACGACUGAUAUCACUGAUGUUGGUCAUGGGGACUCUCUGUGCUGUGCCAGUGAAGAGGGGCCUUCAGCAGCGACAGCAGAAGUGAAACAGGAGAUUGUCAGUCAGACGGCCUCAUACGGCACCUCACACAAUGAGCUGAACGAACCGCUGCUCAUGGAGCCCGGCGACAUCAAGAUGUACCCCACCGAGGACACACCUGCACCAGAGGGUCACCCAGUCAAGAGAAAGAAAGGCCCUGCUCCCAAGAUGCUGGGGAAUGAGGUGUGUAGCGUAUGUGGAGACAAAGCUUCUGGCUUUCAUUACAAUGUGCUGAGCUGUGAGGGCUGUAAAGGUUUCUUCAGACGCAGCGUCAUCAAAGGAGCGCAAUACACCUGCAAAAAUUCGGGCCGCUGCGAGAUGGACAUGUACAUGCGCCGCAAGUGUCAGCAGUGCCGUCUGCGCAAGUGCAGGGAGGCCGGCAUGCUGGAGCAAUGUGUGCUCUCAGAAGAGCAGAUCCGACUAAAAAAGAUGAAAAAACAGGAAGAGGAGACGGCACGUACCUCUGCAGUCCCAACCCCCAGCCCUGCUCCUGAGAUGCCCCCUCUGGCUCCUGAACAGCAGGAGAUGAUCGAAAAACUGGUGUCCAUGCAGAAACAGUGCAACAAACGCUCUUUUCUCGACCGGCCCAGAGUCACUCCUUGGCCACAGAGUCAGGACCCACUUAACCGAGAGGUUCGACAGCAGCGGUUUGCUCAUUUCACUGAGCUGGCCAUCAUGUCCGUGCAGGAGAUUGUAGACUUUGCUAAACAGCUGCCUGGCUUCCUGGAGCUCACCCGAGAGGACCAGAUCGCCCUGCUGAAGACCUCAACUAUAGAGAUCAUGCUGCUAGAGACUUCCAGACGUUAUAACCCAGCGAUAGAGAGCAUCACCUUCCUCAAAGACUUCAGUUAUAAUAAGGAAGAUUUUGCCAAAGCAGGGCUGCAGUUUGAGUUCAUCAACCCCAUCUUUGAGUUUUCAAAAGGCAUGAAUGACCUCCACCUGGAUGAGGCGGAGUACGCUUUGCUCAUCGCAAUCAACAUUUUCUCAGCAGACCGACCGAACGUGCAGGAUCAUGAGUUAGUGGAAAGACUACAGCAGCCAUAUGUGGACGCUCUCCACUCUUACAUCCGAAUAAAACGACCCAACGAUCAUCUGAUGUUUCCCCGGAUGUUGAUGAAGCUGGUCAGCCUGCGCACACUGAGCAGCGUCCACUCAGAGCAAGUCUUCGCUCUGCGCCUCCAAGACAAGAAACUCCCACCUCUGCUAUCUGAAAUUUGGGAUGUCCACGAGUGAGCCGGGCGCUCCACCUAUAGGACAGAAUGAGCCAGAGUCAGGGAAACAUGGGUGGGCAGGGGUCCUCACAGACAGAACAUAGGGUCAGGAUGUCCUAAAGGGCUGAAACAUCUCCCACUGUCAUCAUUCUCUUCCUUGACUUCUAUAUUUUGGGCCCAGUGGUCAGUGAGCUGCUUCCUUUGAAUGUGCUAUUGCUAGACUGUAUGGCCAGAAGUAGCUCAGGGACCGUUCAGAACAGAUAAUGGUUAUUAGACCAUACUCAUUAGAUUCAGAGACUUACUUGCUAGAGUGAGCAGCCACAAACAGUGUGCUCAUGAUUUUUUUUUAGUUGUUGUUCUUGUUUAUACCUAAUGUUUCUGGUACCAAAAGCUUUGAGCAGGUUUUGGCAAUGGUUUCUACUUUCUAAUUAACAGAAGAGGUUGUCUUGAAGGUUCUUCAUUACAGAAAUGUAGUUUAUUUACAGUGUUUUUUGAUUCCACUUUAGCUGAUUGGUUGAUGGCUGAUUUCUUUUUUUUUUUUUUUUUUUAACAUGCUUGGAUCAUGCAUAGCAGUGAGUAACAGUCUUCUGUUAGUACGGACUCAUUUGCUCAUUUUUAUUUCAUGAUGUUUGACACUCAUUUAGUCUUUAAUUUUGUUCAAAUGCAAUCUUCUGUUAACACCCAUGUUACACUGAUCCAGCAUAUCAUAAAAUGCACAAGCAAUUCUGUUUUCUGCUGGUUGGAAUAUUCAGAAGAAGACCUGACAAAUCAAAUGGCCUGAAAGUACUGCAGUGUAGCAUAUGGUUGUCUGGGAUCAGUAAGAGUGACUGGGGCUGUUAACUCAAAUCAGUGUGCCGCUUAACAAACAGCAACUACCAAGAUGCAUUGGUAGAUAGAUAACCUUCAAGAGUGAAGCCUUCUGAAAACGUAAUGCAGACCAUGAUUAUUCUUUUUUUUAUUAUUAUUACUUUAUCAUGUGUAGUUACUGCAAUCUCAUAACUUAACAUGCUGUAGUUUCUUUUCUAUUUUUUUGACUCCUCAGUUAUACUUGGAGAAACAUUCUCAAACAUUACAAACACACACAAACUAAAUCUCAGUUUCAUGCCUAUGUCUUGAUCAGUGUGUCAUUUUUGUUCCCCUGAAUACAAAUCACAAACGAACAGUACAGAAAUGUAUACCUUCCAAAAUCAGUGGUUGAAAUUGUCAUAGGAAAUAGCUUGGGCUAUUCUUGUUGUAUAAUUUUUUUUGUAUCAUUGUUAUAUUUGGUUCUAUAUGCACCCAUUCUUCAAUGAGGAUAGUUUUGUCAACUUUUAUUUACAUGUACUAAAUAAUUUAAUUUAAAUCUUUAAUAUUUCUUUUUGUGUGAUUAUCUGACAAUCUGUUUUAACACAAUUUUGUUGUACUUGUACAUUAUUAUGAUAUUCAGACAGUCUGAAUGCACACAGAAUAAAAUCUGUCCCAUACACAUUCAUUGAGAUUGGCAAUGUAUGCGAAACAACUGUAUUUUGGUAUGAAACUGAACUGCAACUCAACAGUAUCUCUGAAAAAAGGGACUAGACAUAUGAGAGCGCUUCUUAACGUCUUAUUCACCAUAACAAUGCAAACAUCGGGUGUGACCACAUACAAUUCAGGUUUUACUGAUCUUAAAAGCCACUUUUAUGAUAGGCAUGGUUUGUUUUGAAUCAGUUAUAGAUUUUAACAUCAUUUCUAUGGUUGAGUAAUAGUUGGUUUGCUGUGGCAUUCUUUGCCCUUACUGUGCAUAUUGUUUAGACUUUGUUUGCUAAAUCAGAUGAUGAUGUGCACGUUUUUAUACCACCUUUCUGUCAGCUAGUGUAUUUGCUAAAUGCACAUUGGUUCUCUCAAGAUCUUUUUCGAUUUCUGAUUGGACUUGUCCAUGCUCAUUUUUAUUCCAAGUCUUUUCCUAUAUUUCACAACGGCUUGAAGAUACAAGUGUGUCAAUGCAGUUCUUUUACCUUCAUCUGUUCAGCAGCCAAACUCAAGACAGUUCCCAAACUGAAACUUGGUAGAAAACCCACUGAAAGACAUGCAUUUUUAAACCUCAGCGAUCUUCCUGAUGAGUGAUGGUUUGCCAUUGCUUAUCAUAUGUUUGUGCACAUGUUGUGAGGGCAUAGACAAAUUCUAGUCAUCACCGAAAUGAGCGUUUACUCCCGCUGCUCUAAGCUGUCUUCUCCUAACUGAAAUGCUAAAAUGAUUUUCUAACAGAAUGUUAUUACAUGAGGCAGAGUGUAAUGCAAAGUUGAUUGUAGUUUUAAUUUAUUUGUACCCUCUCAGCUCAGUGGACGUCAUUGCUCUGAUUAACAUUAGUCAUGGAAGGAUGACAACGCCUUAAGUCCUUGGAUGUAUUCUGCUUUAUAUGUAUGAAUUAAAAGUAGACUAAAUUUGUUCUGUGAGAGUAUAUAUUUAUCUGAUAAAAAUGCUGAAAAAAACCUAGAUGACUCAAAGCCUAUUCUUUAUACAGAAAUACUUUUACCUGAAACAGGGAACCUCCGUAAUGUUUCUGUAUUUUUAUUAUUCUGCUGUUUUUUUUAAUAGAUCAGGGUUGACCCUGUAAAUAAAUACUGAAUCUGAGCUUACA